AUGUCGAAAGUUUCAUCAUCUUCAGGAGAAAGUGAAUCAAUAAUGGAUGUAUCUGAUUUUCAGAUUUUAAUUAAAAAUAAAGGUCCACCAUUUAAAGUUUAUGAAGAUUCAGUAACUCCAAAAGAUAAUAAAGAAAACAAUACCAAUGAUGAAGAAGGUGAAGAAAGUCAAUUUUUAUCAGGUAUUAAAGAUUUAUUUCAAUCUACUUUAUUAAGUGAUAUUUCAUCAAUUGGUGCUAGUGAUGUUGGUAAUGUUGAUAAUGUUUUAAACCGUUCUCAAGAAUUAGAAAGCAAUGGAAAUUCUAAUUAUGAAAGUGCUCAAGAAGAUGGUAAUAGAUCUAAAAAUUCUAUAAUUGAAGUAGAAAAUUCAAAUUCAAAUAAUGAUAAUGUUGACAAUGCAAAUGUUGAAGAUGUCAAAAAAGAUGACAGAUAA